GGAGGUGGACCGGUGGACGGAGCUGGGGACCCAAGGACCAGAUGACCGCAGGGCUCCGCCGGCCACCGAUGGCGACACCCUGGGGCGUGGGGGCCCUGCUCCUCCUGCUCCUGGCCUCAGGUGGGGGGGCAGCCCCUGAAGAGCCAAGCAACGCCUGCCUGGGGCUCAGCAUCAAGGACCAGUACGACCCCUUCCAUUUGAACCGCACAGCCAAGUGCUUUGCCAGCUGCCUGCCGCUGGGGGGCGUCUCCUGCAAUGUGGAAAACCUGGAGAGAUACUGGCUACACUACGAGCUCUAUCUGGUGGAGAAGAGUAUGGCGGAGAGAGUGGAUAUGCCUUCUGUGAAGGCUUUGGUCCGGAACCUCAGCACCGACAUCUCAGAAGAUCUGCUCUUCUCUCUGAAGCCCUCUCAGGUUCCGAGGCAGGUGAUGACGGGCGAGGACAAGCCCCCUGACAGAGUCCGACUUCCCAGGAGCCUUUUCACCUCCCUGCCGGGCAACAGGUCUGCAGUCCGGUUGGCUGUAUCUGUUCUGGACAUCGGCCCUGGGAAUCUCUUCAAGGGCCCCCAGCUUCCCCUGGAAGAUGGCGGCAGUGUGUUAAACAACCACGUGGUGGGCUUGAGCUUGGGCCACACCCCUGUCACCAGGCUGCCAGAACCUCUGGAGAUCACCUUCUCCCACCAGCCUCCGCCCACCAACAUGACUCUCACCUGUGUAUUCUGGGAUGUGAAUAAAGGGCCUACAGGGGACUGGGAUUCCAAGGGCUGCUCCACCAGGCUCGGAGCUGAAGGGACUGUCUGCCACUGUGACCACCUGACCUUCUUCGCCUUGCUGCUGAGGCCCGUCUUGGACCAGGCCACCGUGCAGGCCCUCACUCGCAUCUCCCAGGCAGGCUGUGGAGUCUCCAUGGUCUUCCUGGCCUUCACCAUUGUUCUCUACAUGGUUCUGAGGCUCUCCCUGCAGAGAUUCAAGGCAGAAGAUGCCCCCAAGAUCCACGUGACCCUGAGUAGUAGCUUGUUCCUCCUGAAUCUAGCCUUCCUGAUCAGCGUGGGCAGUGGCUCGGCUGGGUCCCAUGCUGCCUGCUGGGUCCGGGGUGCCAUCUUCCACUACUUCCUGCUCUGCACCUUCACCUGGAUGGGCCUGGAAGCUUUCCACCUCUACCUGCUAGCCAUCAGGGUCUUCAACACCUACUUCAGUCAUUACUUCCUGAAGCUGAGCCUGGUGGGCUGGGGCCUGCCUGUCCUCAUGGUCAUUGGCACUGGAAGUACCAACAGCUAUGGCCUGUACACCAUCCGUGACCAGGAGAACCGCACCUCUCUGGAGCUGUGCUGGUUCCGGAAAGAGCCUGCCCUCUACGUCACCGUGCACGGCUACUUCCUCAUCACCUUCCUCUUUGGUGCCGUGGUGCUGGCCCUGGUGGCCUGGAAGAUCUUCACCCUGCCCAGAGUCACAGCAGGCAAGGAGCAGGGGCAGAACUGGAAGACCGUCCUCACCAUCCUGGGUCUCUCGAGCCUGGUGGGCGUGACCUGGGGGCUGGCCAUCCUCACACCCCUGGGCCUGUCCACCAUCUAUAUCUUCGCCCUCUUCAACUCCCUGCAAGGUGUCUUCAUCUUCUGCUGGUUCACCAUUCUCUACCUCCCGGCUCAGAUCUCCGCACCUUCCUCCUCGGGGGGCACUGCCCGGCUGGACCAGGCCGCCUCUGUGUCACACGAGUAGAUAGACAGUCACAGUCCGUGCCCAGAAUCAGCUCCCACCUGCUCUGUGCCCUUGGCACCUCCCUGCAUCCCCAGGGGCCUGGGUUGCUUCCUCUUUCCAGUUUGACUGCCAAAGAAAAGAGUGGAAACCGUUGGAUCCUGUGCCCUCCAAGGUCCCAUCCAGACAUGUCCACAGAUCCAAGAGUCCACAGAUACAGAUUGGCAGGAGACUGAGGUCCUACAGUCCUGAGACCCCCACAAGAGCAAAGAGUGCGCUUUCACCCCCCCACCCGGCCUCCCUAGCAGAGCAGCCUUCUCGCCAUUGCCCACCUCUGGUCUCAGCGGGUCCUGAGCGUGGAGAGCAGUCUUAACCCGGAAGCCCCUGGAAGGAGCCCCCAGCCUCCCUGCUCCUCCCUUUGUGCCUGUCCCCCUGCAGCUCUGCUUUUGAGGGGCCUUCAGGAGGGUGUUUGGGGGUGGAUCAAUCCUCCAGCUGAGCUUGUCCUGGCCUCUGCCUGUCCCACCAGGGAACAGACCCUACCAUUCAGGGGACUCCAGCCCACCAGGUUCCCCAGGGACACUGAGUUUCAGAGGCCACCGAGUGUGUGUGCAACCUGGAGCAAGUCCCCUCUCCCGUUGUGCAGCCUGGCGGGUGGGCCAGCCGACCUCUGAGCUGCUGUCAUGGUGGGGUGGAGGCCAUGGGUCCAGAGCUCCACACACGUACUCAUUCAGUGUGUGGGACCCAGGGAAGCGGGGAGAGGGCUCGCUGGACAGAGGUGGGCUUUUCCAGCCGCAUCUGAACUCCUAAGGGCAGGCCCAUGACAGCCUCCCUCCCCGAAUCAGCCCAGCUGAGCACAGGGCCUGGCCCGUGUGAAGCCAAAUAUUGGCACCAAUAUUUCAAUACAUACGUGUUGCCUGAGCAGAUGGAUAUAUUUGCAGGGCUCUGAGCCCAGGGGGUGCCUCAGGCCUGACCCGGGUUUGAGUCACUUCCAGUAGCUGGCCCUCCAUUUCCCAACCAUGGGCAGGUCCCCUCCGUAGGAAGCACAGGUGGCAGAAGUAACAGAGGCAGGGGCAGAGAGACACAGAGAGACAGAGCCUCCAGGGACAGGCUGACACACACCUCUGCCUCUCUGUCAGAGGUGGCCCUGGAGAGACAGCCCCCUGCGUGUCCCAGCCAGCAGAGCCCCGGCCUUCCUGACUCACCCCCUCCCAGGCCACCCAGCCUCCAGCUGGACUUGCUGCAGCUGGAGAGUCAUCGUCAUGACCAGCUGCUCCCCGCAGCCCCUAAGCUGUGGACUCUGGCCUCUCUCCCCCGCCAGCAGCGGGUGCUGAUGUCCACCCGAGGGGCCUCCUGGCUUCUCUUCCCACCCAGCAAACAGAGCCACCAAAGACAGGAAGGGGGGGCUGUGCUUGAUGCAAGUCACCCUGUUAUGGAAAGGAAAUCCUGGGGUGGGGACACUGGGUCAGUUGAACCACAGUGUGCUUUUGUGGACAAAUUUGGUGUCUUUGGGGGCUUAUCUUCACAGAUGUCUGUUUCUCAGGCUGAAGGCCUUGGCUCUUUGCCCCAAGGCCUCUGAAUCGGGAACCUGAGUAUCCCGGGAAGCAGCUGUUCCAGAGUAGGGUGGUCCAGGGUUUAAAGUCUGCUUCUGCUGCUCAGGAGCUGUGUGGCCCUGGCGUGCCACCUCGCCUUUCUGAGCCUCGGUCUCUCUUGCGUAAAAUGGGGAUUAUCAAGUCUUUGCCUCAACCCUGAGGGGCAAAAUAAAGUACCCCAGUAACAAUUAGUUGGCUCCCUCCUCCCUAAUCCUUCCUUUAAAGAAAGAUCAGUCCAGGUGUUGAAAGUGAAAUGGAGACCCAGAGAGGCCCAGCAACCUCCCAACUAAAGCCCCUCCACUCUUCCCAGGACAUUUCCUGGGUUCCAUAACCAUCACCUUGCCCGAUCCCAAGCCUCAAGGGAGCCCCGACUUCUCAGAUGUGCUCAGUGGGGUGUGGGACCAACCACACCAGGCCCCUGGCCACUGGCUCCCUGGGGCAGAGGGAAGGUGUGGCUAACAUUGGGGGUGUCCUCCUUUUCUAGUUGGCUCCCCACCCCAGGGCCAGGCAGGGGCUGAGGGACUACAAUGCCUGCGGUCACGGCAAAAGGGUCUCCCAGGGCCAAGCAGAGAGGCCUUAAGCUCCCCAUGGCCGGAGCUGAGGGACGAGGGUCCUGAAACUGAACAGCAGCACUAGCAACCUAGGAGGGGCCAAGUCAUGCGGAGAGCACACCUCUGAAGUCACUGCCUCGGGGACUUGCCUGGAGCAGGUCCCUCACCUCCUGGCUGGCAAAGCAGGGAGCCCAGUAGCUGCCCCCAGGGUGGGUGCAGGGGAUGAUUACCUGAGAUGGUGUUUGCAAGGACUGCCAGCGUCUGUCCCUCCGGCCCAGCAGGAACGUGACCCUGAGCGUGUCCCGUCUGAGGUCAUGGUGCGCUGCUGGAAGGGUCCUCUCCACCCCGGCUUCUUGCCUGGUUCUCUAUUCUGCCCAAGUUUCUUUAUUUUUUCAUUAUAGCAUAACAUAAAUAAGAAGGCUUAUUUACCCUUUGCUGUCAGGUGAACAACUUCAGAUGAAAAGAUAAAACAUUCUUCACAAAUUGUUCUAUUAAUCCAAUGCAAGACCAGUCAUAGUUCCAAGUGGUUCUAUUCUUCAGACUCUCCCAAAAUGUCUGCUAACAUUUUUUAUGGUGAUACAUAAAACUGCAAAUUGUUGAGUCAACCUUACUGAAAGAGGGCCUAGGAGGAGGACUUGACCUCCAGAUGUAGAGAUGUUAUGAAGCCAAAGAAGUAAAACCAGCCUGGAGACCCUGCGGGGACAGGAGGCAGGCCAGCGGAACAGAGCAGAGUGCUCGGUGGCAGACCCACGUGCUCUGGGGUGACUUCAUACACAACCAAGGCGGGUUGGUUGCUGGUGGUGUUGGAAAACUGGUUCAUUCUAGGGAGAAAAAAAUGAGACACGAUCCCUACCAAGCCUUCCACGGAGGUGACGUCAGGUGGAUUAAAAGCUUAAGCAGGAGGGUGAAACUGUAAAGUCAACGUAGGAAAAUAUUUUUGUGAACUAGGUAUAGUGGGUAGGGGACCCAGGCCCGGAUAUCAAGUACACUAAGGACCCUGUCUGUAAAAAUUAGUGCCUGGGAAAGGGAGAGUUCCCCUCCCCUAGGAUCUGACCAGCUUCCUUGAAGUGUAAACGCCCCUGUUGAGGCUCUGGGCUCCAGUCUAGAGAUUUUAGCUCUGAAGAGGAACCAGUCCCCUUAUCAAGUUCUGCUUCUGUAAACACGCUUCCGCUUGAAACCCCUCACACACAAUCAUAUGUCACGUUCUGAGAACUUGUGCAAAACUACGUAUCGUUUUAGACGAGAAAACUUGUGACAUUAGAUAAAUGUUGUGAGAACCUGGUAAGGGGCACCCAGAAUCUGGAGUGCUGAUCUCCUCGGCCCCCACCCCAGUGUCAAAUAAAGUUA